CUGAAAUAUGUCACAGUAAGGUGAUCUCCCAUUGACCAAGGAGCUAUAAUAGCAAUCACACUGUGGGCAUUUGUCAUACAGGAGACGGUCAUCAUGGCAUCACUUUCUCCACUCCGGGACUGUGGGCUCGAUCUGAAGACGGUCAAACUCGUGAUAACAUGCCUCUACUUUGUUUUGUUCAUCCCCGCUCUCCUGCUGAACGUCAUGGCUGCUUGGAUCUCCUGGAAGCUGAAGCCCAAAUCUGCGUUUGUUGUGUACCUGAAGAGCCUUGUGGCGGCUGACCUUCUGAUGACCUUGAUCAUCCCGCUGAAGGCCGGCAGCGAGAUCCCCGGGGCCCCUCACGGCUUGCGUGCUUUUGCCUGCCAGUUCAGCAGCGUGCUGUUCUACCUCUGCAUGUACAUGAGCAUGAUACUGAUGGGGCUCAUCAGCCUCGACCGCUUCUUCAAGAUCGUCCAGCCAGGCGGGAAAAGGUUCGGCCACAAUCCCCUGUUCGGCAAGGUGGUCGUCAUCCUUAUCUGGACUCUCUAUCUCAGCGUGAACACCAUACCCACCAUGGUCCUCACGAGCGGAAAGCCCAAAAACAACACUGCCGAGCUGUGCAUGGCCAUGAAGAGUGACCUGGGGAAGCAGUACCAUCAUGCCAUAGUUAUUGAAAACAUUGUGAUUUUCUUAGUCAUGUUGGUUGUUAUUGGAUUCUGCUACACGUGCAUUGCAAGAAGGGUCAUUGAGUCGUACCGGAACUCAGGAAGCACAAACAAGGAGGGGAAACGAAAGAUCAAAGCUCGGGUGUUUAUCGUCCUGGCGGUGUUCCUGGUCUGCUUCGCCCCCUACCACAUCACACGCUUCCCUUACGUUCACCAUCAGGUGGAGAACAAGAUUAACUGCCACUGGGCUUCCCUGAAGGUGGCUAAGAGCUUCACUCUGUGGCUCUCCUCGACCAGCGUCUGCCUGGACCCCCUUAUCUACAUAUUACUCUGCAAAGCGUUUCGAGAGAAGUUGUAUGAGCUCAAAAUAUUUGGGCACUGGUUUACCACAGCAGCCCAGGAGAACACAGACACUUCAGUUUGAAAGGGAGUUCAGUACUGCGCUUACAGCUUCUCCUUACUGUGGGGCUGCAUCUCUGGGUUUGUUAUAUUGACACACACGUUUCUGAAAACUAAAUGACAUUAUCUGUUAUACUGUUUUGCAGAAAAGGUUUUGUGAUUUUGACAUGAACACUUUUUUUGAAACUAUUUUUUAUGUAUAUUAUUUUUGUAUUCUGUAUAAUAUACUAUUUAUAUGUGAAAUAUAUUAGACAUAAAACAUAUUUUUUAUACAUGUUUCAUUCCGUUCAGAUUUCGUACAAUACAAGUAUUUCAGUUAAGUUAAUCAUCAAACCUUACAAACAUUUUGUUAUUUUCAUAUUUAUAUGAAUACAUUGUUACUUAUGGGAGGCAGCAAGGAAUCAUGUCUCACAGGUAAUAAUCGUGUUUGAUAAUCUAGUCUUCAUUUUUAAACAAAAUAAACUAAUCUUAAUUUCUUAAACUAGAUGGGUUGAAAGGUAGGACAUUACUGUAUUUUUUUAAAGACCCACUCUGGCAAAACAAAAUAAACUAUUUAAUCUUUUUCCCUUUUCCAUGAGGUGGUUUUAUGUGUUACAAGACAAAUGACGGGUGAGAUAAAUGGUGUAUGCCAUGGCUGAGUAUAUGGGAAUGCCUCAACUAGAGGAGUGGGUGGGGCGCUGGUUAGAGCUGGCAAACUCGGU